CUGACAACAUGUCGGUCUCUCGUUCGGCAUUCAGCACCCUUUCGAGGGCUGGAGCCAUGCGCUCGUCGGUUCCUCGCGCGAUGUCCGCCCGCUUCAUGAGCCAAGUGUCGGCUUCGAGGGACGGCGCUUCCUCGUCCAAGUCCUCGCUCCUCCCCGCCAUUAUUGCCAGCAGCCAGCAGCAGAGCCAGGUCCAGAAUGGAAAGAGCCGCGCGUUUGCCACGUCGUCGAGCAGCAGCCAGGCUUCACCUGCUGGUGAAGGCACGGGGGAACCAGCUUCGUUUGCGGCCGUCGCCAACCGGGGAAGCAACCAGCUCAGCCUCGAGACGCCUCGGAACAAUGUCGAAUACGUGACGACGACGUUGGACAAGGUCGUCAACUGGGCUCGUCAGGGGUCAAUGUGGCCCAUGACUUUCGGUCUCGCCUGCUGCGCCGUUGAGAUGAUGCACGUCGCCACUGCACGAUAUGAUCAGGACCGAUUGGGCGUUGUGUUCCGUGCCAGCCCUCGUCAGUCGGACGUCAUGAUUGUCGCUGGUACCCUGACCAACAAGAUGGCACCCGCUCUCCGCAAGGUCUACGAUCAGAUGCCAGAGCCUCGAUGGGUCAUCAGCAUGGGCUCGUGUGCCAACGGUGGGGGUUACUACCACUACUCGUACAGCGUUGUUCGUGGCUGCGACCGAAUCGUGCCCGUGGACCUGUACGUGCCAGGAUGCCCGCCCACGGCCGAGGCGCUUCUGCACGGCAUGCUGUGUCUCAUGAGGAAGAUGAGGAGAGGCCGCAAGAUGACGCUCUGGUACCGAAAGUGAGGCUGCUGUACUACUCCAUAAUUCUUCCAAUUACAUGUCUUCGG